CCCGUGGUUCUGCUGCCGGGGCUUCUCGGGAUCCGGCUCGGCCAUGCAUCGGCUGCAGGUGGUGCUGGGUCACCUGUCCCGCCCGGACCCCGCGCUGCAGGCCUCGCUGUGCUCCGCGGGCUCGGCGCACGCCUCGGCGGCCGACGUGGUGGUGGUGCACGGACGGCGCACCCCCAUCGGCCGCGCGGGCCGCGGGGGCUUCAAGGACACCACCCCCGACGAGCUGCUGUCGGCCGUGCUGACCGCCGUUCUCCAGGACGUGAACCUCAGGCCCGAGCAGCUGGGAGACAUCUCCGUGGGCAAUGUGCUUCAACCUGGAGCUGGGGCUGUCAUGGCUCGGAUUGCCCAGUUUCUGAGUGGCAUCCCGGAGACGGUGCCUUUGUCCACCGUCAACAGACAGUGUUCCUCGGGGCUGCAGGCGGUGGCCAACAUAGCUGGUGGCAUCAGAAAUGGGUCUUAUGACAUUGGCAUGGCCUGUGGGGUGGAGUCCAUGUCUCUGUCUGAAAGAGGGAACCCUGGGAACAUCACUUCACGCCUCAUGGAGAACGAGAAGGCCAGGGACUGCUUGAUUCCCAUGGGGAUAACCUCGGAGAACGUGGCCGAGCGCUUUGGUAUCUCGCGGCAGAGGCAGGACGCCUUCGCGCUGGCCUCCCAGCAGAAGGCAGCAAGAGCUCAGAGCAGGGGCAGUUUCCGCGCCGAGGUCGUGCCCGUGACCACCACCGUCCUGGAUGACAAGGGCAACAAGAAGACCGUGACCGUGUCCCAGGACGAGGGCAUUCGUCCAAACACCACUAUGGAGGGUCUGGCCAAGCUGAAGCCUGCCUUCAAGGAUGGGGGCUCUACCACAGCCGGGAACGCCAGCCAGGUGAGUGACGGGGCAGCUGCCGUCCUGCUGGCCCGGAGGUCCAAGGCUGAACAGCUGGGCCUCCCCAUCCUUGGGGUUCUGAGGUCCUAUGCUGUGGUUGGAGUCCCUCCUGACGUCAUGGGCAUCGGACCUGCCUAUGCCAUCCCCGCAGCCUUGGAGAAAGCAGGGCUGACUGUGAGCGACAUAGACAUCUUCGAGAUCAACGAGGCCUUUGCAAGCCAGGCCCUCUACUGUGUGGAGAAGCUGGGAAUCCCCGCCGAGAAGGUGAACCCUCUGGGGGGCGCGAUCGCCCUGGGCCACCCCCUGGGCUGCACUGGGGCCCGGCAGGUCAUCACGUUGCUCAACGAGCUGAAGCGCCGCGGGAAGAGGGCCUAUGGCGUGGUGUCCAUGUGCAUCGGGACCGGGAUGGGAGCCGCGGCUGUCUUUGAAUACCCCGGGAACUGAGGCCGGGCGGGAGGUGCCGCCCAGCCAGUCCUGCUGUGCCGGACAGGAGGGACACGCGGAAGCCGUCCACGUGGGGCACUCAGCACUGGGGGAACAAGCGGACACACCCUGGCACUUUAAUUAGGAAAGUGUGAUUGCUGAUGACACAGACAGGAGCAGGUGGGGGACUGGGGUGCCCUGCCAGGUCCCUUGAGCUGGUCCAAAGGAUGCCUAUGUCACUCAGGCCACAGGCUGUUGUGUACUUCCAGCGAUGGUGGCCUCAUGGAUGAAGGGCACAGUGAAUGUAGUAAAUGUGUGCCGUCUCA